AUGGCUUUGGUAAUGGAACCAAUAAGUAAAUGGACACCAAAGCAAGUCCUGGAUUGGAUGAAAGGGUUAGAUGACUGCUUGCUGCAGUACAUGAGGACGUUUGAGAGAGAGAGGAUCACAGGAGAGCAGCUACUACACAUUACUCACCAGGAACUGGAGGAACUGGGUGUUACUCGCAUAGGACACCAGGAACUCAUACUGGAGGCUGUGGACCUGCUCUGUGCUCUGAACUACGGUCUGGAGACAGAGAAUUUGAGGACUUUGUCCCAUAAGCUAAAUGCUUCAGCCAAGAACCUUCAGAAUUUCAUCACGGGCCGUCGCCGUGGCGGCCAUUAUGAUGGGCGGGCCUCACGGCGACUGCCCAAUGACUUCCUUACAUCUGUGGUCGACCUCAUAGGAGCUGCCAAGAACCUGCUGGCUUGGCUGGACAGGUCUCCAUUUGUCAGUGUGACUGAGUAUACAGUGCUGAAGAACAACAUUGUCCAACUCUGCCUGGAAUUAACCACUAUUGUACAGCAGGAUUGUACUGUUUAUGAGACAGAAAAUAAGAUUCUUCAUGUCUGUAAGACUCUGUCUGGGAUCUGUGAGCACAUCAUCUCCCUGUCUUCUGAUUCACUGGUGUCUCAGUCUGCUCACCUGGAGGUGGUUCAUCUGACCAAUGUCAUGCCCAACGAAGGCCUGGGCAUGUACAUAAAAUCCACAUAUGAUGGACUGCACGUGAUCACGGGGACAACAGAAAAUUCUCCAGCUGAUCAGUGUAAGAAGAUUCAUGCGGGUGAUGAGGUCAUUCAGGUUAAUCACCAGACAGUGGUGGGCUGGCAGUUGAAGAAUCUGGUGAACUCUCUGCGUGAAGAUCCAAGUGGAGUCAUCCUCACUCUAAAGAAAAGACCUCAGAACUCUCUCAGCUCCACCACCAACAUCCUCAAACAUACACGCUGGAAACCACUUGCAUUACAGCCCCUCUCCACCAGUCCCUGCAGUGAGUCUCCCACUCCACCCAGCACACUCGGCUCACUGGGGCUCUCUCCAGGACUGGACACGCCCGGAGGACAUGAUGUCUUCAUCCUGUCUCCUGUUUAUGGACACAGGGAGGAUGAGAUGGACAGGGGGGGUUUCGGUGUUUUUGGGGGGUCAGAGUCUCCAGGCUGCUAUGUGGAUCAGGAGGGGGGGCCAUACUUCCCCCUGCUGGAGGACGACACAGGCAGAAACACAGGUCUACGCCGCCGUGACCGGACACCUACACACGGUGACCAUCGACAGGUCUCCAUGGUGACAGAGUGGCUGACGGAACCACAGGAGUCAGGGGUGUAUAAGCGUGGAAGCAGAGAUUCAGACUCCUCUCUCUUGCACUUCCUAAGUGAUGACAGGAUUUUGGUGAUACAGGAAGAGGGAGAUUUUUCCCAGCGUGCCACGGGUCGGCGCUCCAGGAAGAAGAGUCGUAAUCCCAGUAGUCCUUCUCUGCUGGCCCCUCCCAUACGCCUGGAUUCAGGACCCCCUGAGGGGCUGCCCUACCCACUGCCUGACUCCAGCACUGUGCCCCAUUAUCAUAGAGGUGCUGACACACUUAGAGCUGACACAGACCGGUAUGCAAACUCUGCUGUCGACAGACAAGCAUCCAUGAGGAAGUCAGUGCAUUAUGCUUCUUUAAGAACCAAGACUAAGAAGAAGACUAAAGGCUCUCUGAGCAGUGCCAGUAGGAGGCGGAUUGCCUGUAAAGACCUGGGACAUGGCGACUGUGAGGGCUGGCUGUGGAAAAAGAAAGAUGCAACUGGUUACUUCACACAGAAAUGGAAGAAAUACUGGUUUGUCCUGAAGGAUUCGGACCUCUACUGGUACACCAACCAAAACGAUGAGAAGGCAGAGGGCUUCAUCAGCCUGCCGGAGUUCAGGAUAGACAGAGCCAUUGAGUGCCGGAGGAAACAUGCAUUCAAGGCCUGUCACCCAAAAAUCAAGAGUUUCUUCUUUGCCACAGAUCAUUUGGAGGAGAUGAACAGGUGGAUGAACCGCCUGGGCCUCGCUGCCAUUGGCUACACCCCUGACGACCCAGUGCCACGCCCAGAUGAAGAUUACUGGAGUGAGAGUGAUCAAGAUGACAUGGAGGGAUCCAUGACGCUCAAACAGGAGACCGGUUACCACCGCAACCCCUCAGCCAGCUCCUCCAGCCCUUUUCCGGAGCGGCACUUCUCCAGCGGCUCCACCUUCUCCCACUCCUCGGCGGAGGAGUCGCACUCCUCCGGCUGCCGCUCCUCCCACCGCGAACGCCGCUCCUGGCAGGACCUGAUUGAGACCCCUCUGACAAGCGCCGGGCUGCAUUUCCUCCAGACGUCCGAGGCAGAGGGCGACUGGCCGGGGGGGCGCGUCUCCCUGUCGCCGGAGCAGCUCCGCCAGGCCACGCUUCCCGCCCAGUGCCGACGCCGGCCGGAACGCGACGGCCCGUUUCCUCUGACCGACAGCGAGGACAAAGGGUCGCGACCUCGACAUCAGGCCCACAAGCAACGCAGCCAAAGCCUGCCGCGAAACCGGGACACACACGUCCCCUCACACUGCAGUACGCACGCGCACGCACACGCGCACAGCACUCUUCGACCCAGAACGCACCUCCACGAGGAGCGAGGAGAAGAGGAGGAGAGCAGGAGGAGCAGCAGGCAGCAGGACGGAGAGCGCGCGUGUGAGAGUGAGUCACAGAGAGCGGAGUCUGAGAGGGACGGCGCGCGUGACUCCCAGGACGGGCUGCAGGAGCUGUACCGCUCUCUGGAGCAGGCCAGUCUCUCGGCCUUCGGCCAGCAGAGACCCUCCACCAAACAGGAGUUCCGCAGGUCCUUCAUCAAACGCUGCAACAACCCGGCCACCAACGAACGGCUGCACCGCAUACGAGCCCUGCGCAGCACCUUAAAGGCUAAAGAGGGCGACCUGGCCAUCAUCAGUCAGGUCCUCGAUGACCCCUGUUUGACCUCACGAAAGUUUCGUGAGUGGAAGCAGAGGAACCAAGAGCUCUUCAUGGAUAUCUGUGAAUUUAGCUCCGCCCCUUUGGAACUUUCUGGAGACCCUGCUGACCUUUCACCUCUCUCACCAACACUGAUGAUGCACACACACUCUUUCAUAGAAACCCAUGUCUAA